AUGGCCCAAGCACCCUUCCAAAUCCACGAAAUCGCCCCGAUCGACCUGGACACUCCCAUCGCACCCUCAAGCAACCCCGACCGUACCUGCGCCGUCUGCUCUAAGCCUUCUUCGCCACAACUGUCUCUCAAACGCUGUGCCCGCUGUCUUGAAAAGUGGUACUGCAGUCAAAUAUGCCAAUCACAGGACUGGUCUUCUCACAAGCGCACAUGCAAAAAGCCAGGCGCAUCGGGCCCAGAAAAGAUUGAAAAUGUGCGCACACCAUUCGACGGGCUUGCUGACAACACGUUCCUCCAUCGUCUGCCGGAGAAGGAGGCUAUGAAGCAGUUGGUGGAUUGCUACCGGUUGAGAGUAGAGGACGAUUAUGCGUUUGGGGGGGAUAAUCGAGGGCUGUAUUCGGGGGAUGAAGCGGAAGCGAUGCCUGACUUCAAGAGGUUCCUAAAUAAGUGUGAGAAGAAGGGAGUGCUGCCGUCCUGGUGGUCGAAGGAGAAGAGACGGGAGCUGGAAAGGAGGGUGCGGGAUCGGAAUGAAAAGGAUGGGAUUGGCUGCGUCUACUUUGCGGUCGAGAAGAGUGAUAUACAGGAGAAAUAUGGGGAUAAUAUCAUGCCGAUGAAGUUGAGGAUGUUGGCGGAACGGAUCUAUGGGAAGGGUUUGCAGGCAUGGUAA